AGAUGCGGGAGGGGGCCAAUAUACAAAACCCCCCAACCCCUCCCCCUUUUCUUUUGGAUUCCGUCCCCCGCGACCGGUGGCGGUUGGAGAUAAGAAGGUUCUCAUGGUCAAUGGCCUACCACGAAAUAUAUAAGAUGCCUGUAUACAUAUUCCUCAGCCCCUCCAUUCAUAUACCAACUCAAUCUAUUUUAUCUAUUUUCAAACUCGCAGAACAUCCCGGUCUACGCUCACCCCGCCCCCUAAAAUAGGUAUCAUAGCCCAAUAACAACAUAAAGUUAAACAUCAAAAUGUCGGUCAUUCAACUUAAGGAACACGAGAAGAAAGUUACCGGAGAGGAACUUAAGCCUGUCCUCGAAGAAGCCGGACUCAAGCUUUCAGAUUCACUUCUUGGCGACUACAGUACUUUGAUAUCUUCUUUAGAUGCCGCCAUCGCAUCGCUAUCAGAUGAAAAAGAUGCAUCACCCUACACAGAUCUCGAGAAAUAUCCGCGAAGUAACAUCCACAUCCCCGCGGACAACGAGAUGGGCGCCUGGGCAACCAAGGUGACAGCCAAAUGCACAAGCCCCACGAGCGACCUGCUGAAAGGCCGUACCGUAGCGCUUAAGGACAAUAUGGCAUUCGCGGGGGUCCGGUGCACGAACGGGACGUCGAUGGUGGACUGGGUGCCGAAGAUCGAUGCGACUAUCGCUACGAGGGCUAUGGAUGCUGGGGCGAUCAUUGUUGGGAAAGCUGCAUGCGAAAACUCGUGCCUCGAGGGAUUAUCCGCCACGGCAGUGACGGGGCAAGUCCACAACCCGUAUGCGAAGGGAUACAGCGCCGGUGGGUCGAGCAGCGGCUCCGGACGCCUUGUGGCGACCGGGUCUGUCGAUCUCGCCUUCGGCUGCGACCAGGGGGGCAGCAUCCGCAUCCCCGCUUCGUCCUGCGGCAUCGUGGGUCUCAAGCCGACAUGGGGGUUGGUGCCGUACACGGGCAUUCUGAGUCUGGACGCUACGAUUGACCACGCAGGGCCCAUGGCGAAGACGGCGCGGGACUGUGCGCUGUUCCUGGAGGCCAUUGCCGGACCUGACGGCUGGGAUGAUCGCCAGCCGCCAUUCGGCCUCGAGGGGGGCAGGCUGAAAUACGUGGCCCCUGUCGAUGCCGUCCUGGCCAAGGAAGAGGCGAAGCGGCUCGAUGGCGUCAAGAUCGGAGUGCUGCGCGAGGGCUUCGAGGUCCCCGGACAAGACGCGAACGUCGUUUCAUCGGUCCAGUCCGCCAUUGAGAAGUUCAAGUCCCUCGGAGCCACGGUUUCGUCGGUCUCGGUACCGCUGCACCUGGUGGCCCCCUUGGCCUGGACGUGUGCUCUGCCGUUGCCGGGGGGUCGCCAAUCCCUCCUCGGCGACAUCUAUGGGAGGAAGCAGCUCUACCUGACGGACCGCGCGGGCUUGAUCGGCGCCAAGCUAACUCAGGAGCAGUUCGAGGCCCUGGGACCGGGCGCAGCGAACUUGUACGUGCAGUACCUGUGGGCCCAGGAGAAAUACAACGCCGAGGUGCACGGGAAGGCUAUGAAUCUGCUGAAGGGGAUCAGCGAUGCGUACGACAAAGCGCUAGAAGAAGUCGACGUCUUGGUCAUGCCGACGCUGCCGUAUCCGCCGCCCCAGCUACCCGACCCUGGUUCCGACGAGGGUCCGCUGAGCUUUCUGGGUAGGACUGUUAGGCUGAUAUCCAAUACUUGCCCUUUCAACAGCUCUGGGCAUCCCGCCCUCUCGCUGCCCGUGGGUUUCGUGCCCGCGCGCGAAGACCCGGGUGUCAAGCUCCCGACCGCUAUGCAGAUCGUAGGGCGCAAGUAUGCGGAUGUCGACUGCCUCAAGGUUGCGGCGGCGUGGGAGAAAUCGUCGGACUGGACAUCACUAUAAGUUUGAGGGAUGGUAAUAAAAAAAAUAAGACAAGGCUGGCAUCCUAUCCGAACUACUUAAGGUUGCUUUUCAUGAUAAUAUUAAUGCUUAGGGAACGUAUGCUACUUGCUGACAUUGAAGGUAUGGGAGUUUCUUCUUAGGGUUUUUUUUGCUAGACUUUACCGCUACGCCAAAGGGUGAAUGAUUGACAAGUCUUUUGUUGUAUAUAUCAAUUGGCGUGGCUUCUCUGCUUUCCUCCUUGUCAUCGUAGCGACGACUUCUUUGUGAGUUUUCACAACUAUUGGCUUUUUACGGUUUAUGCAUUAAAGCUGUUACCUAUACCAUGAGAAUCACUCUUCCUUCUCUUGGGCCGGGACUCACUUUUGGACUCACUUUUAGCAUUCUACUCACGAGCUUCGCGAAAUAAAUCAUCGAGGUCUUUGUGACAUGUUAGUUCCUGGACUUCUCUCCCAUGCGUUAUCGGCAGAACCGAGACCCCUUUUGGUCGAUAUUAUGAUUUUCCUCGCUGUAUUAGCACAAAACAUCGUAGUUAGAACUCAUAGAA